AUGCGCGACCGAGCCGUCGAGCCGCCAGCCUCGGCGGACGCGUUCCUCCGGCACUCGUACGACUACAUCGUCGUGGGCGGCGGAACGGCCGGGCUGGCGGUCGCGUCUCGGCUCGCGCAAGAUGCGUCCCGCACGGCCGGGGUCCUCGAAGCCGGCCGCGUUGCCGGCGGCCAGGACGACGUUGACAUUCCCGCCUUUUACGGCCGCUCGCUCGGCGGGCCGCUCGACUGGGCGUUUGAGACGGAACCCCAGGGGGGGCUCGCCGGACGAUCGCUGCCGUGGCCGAGGGGCAAGGUGCUGGGCGGCACGAGCGCGCUCAACUUUAUGACGUGGGUGAGAGGAGGCAAGCGAGACUACGACGACUGGGCCGCACUUGGGAACCAGGGCUGGGCUUGGGACGAUCUGCUCCCGUUCUUCAAAAAAUCGGAAACAUUCCACCGUCCGAGCCCGUUGGUGCGCGAUGCGUAUACGGCCACCCAUGCUGCCGACGCCCUGGGCACUUCGGGCCCCAUCCAGAUAUCCUACUCCCCAGACUACUCGCCCUCGCACAAGCUAUGGCACACCACGCUGAACAGGCUUGGCGUCCGGUCCAACUCGGCUCACCUGGCCGGCUCCAACACCGGCGUGUGGACCAACGUCAACGCCGUCGACCCCGCGACCGCGGCCCGCAGCUAUUCCACAAGCUACGUGACUGCUCUGCGUCCUGCCAACCUGCACAUCCUGACCGGAGCGACGGCGCGCCAAGUCGUCCUCGGGCACAGCAACAGCCGGGGCGGCGAACUCGCAGUAGCCACGGGUGUCCGAUUCAGCCACGACGGCAGGGACCACGUCGUUUCCGCCAGCAAGGAAGUCGUCUUGUCGGCCGGCACUGUUCAAUCCCCGCAGAUGCUCGAGCUGUCCGGCAUCGGGAGCCCGGAGGUUCUCAAGGCCGCCGGCGUUCCCGUCCGGGUGCCUAGUCCCAUGGUCGGGGAAAACCUGCAGGACCAUAUCAUGGUUGCCAUGAUUUUCGAAGUCGACCCGUCCCUGCCCAACCCGGACGACCUGCUCACCGACAAAGACCUCGCGGCUGCAGCCAGGGAGCAGUACCUGCGCGAGCAAAGCGGCCCCUCGACAGUGCUUCCCUGCGCCCUGGCGUACAUGCCGCUGUCGCAAGCCGUGCCGGAGCAAACCGUCGCCGAGCUCCACCGCAAGGCCGCCUCCGUGACCGCCCACCACCCGGAGAAGCGAGCCAUCCUGCGCGACCGCCUCGACGGCACCUGCCCCCUCGGCCAGGUCGAGUACAUCUUCGACCUGGGCAACUGGAGCACCACCUUUGCCGGCCGCGCCGCCAGGAAAUACGGCACCAUGCUGCAGAUCCUCCAGCACCCCUUUUCCGUGGGCUCCAUCCACAUCCGGUCCGGCGACGCGGCCGCCCGGCCCGCCAUCGACCCUGCCUACUACGCCGGAGACCACGGCCAGCUCGACGCCCGCAUCGUCAGGGAAUGCGUCAGGUUCGGCCAGAAGAUUGCGGCGACGGAGCCGCUGGCCGGGAUCAUACGCUCGCCCGCGAACCCGACUCGAGAGGUGGUGGCGGACGACGGCCUGCUCGAGGAGUGGGUGAGGAAGCACACCGUGACGGACUGGCACCCCGUUGGGACGUGUGCGAUGGGCGGGCGCGCGGGCAUCCGGGGCGGCGUGGUCGACGAGCGGCUGAGGGUGUAUGGCGUCAAGGGCUUGCGGGUAGUCGACGCCAGCGUCAUGCCGCUGCAGAUUAGCGCUCACUUGCAGGCCACGGUGUAUGCUAUUGCCGAGAAGGGGGCGCAUAUGAUUCUGGAGGAUGCCGCGGGUUGA